CAUCCAUGGCUACGGAGCGUCCUUCCUUUGAGCUCGCCAAAGGCAUCAAUGGCCUCGACAAAAUCAUCCUCCGCGAGUCUCGUAACCGCUCCGCCGAGGUAUACUUGUAUGGUGGACAUGUGACUUCUUGGAAGAAUGAGAAUGGGGAAGAGUUACUUCACCUCAGUAGCAAGGCUGUAUUCAAGCCUCCAAAACCAAUCCGUGGAGGGAUCCCACUUUGUUUUCCACAAUUCAGUAACUUUGGUACACUCGAAUCACAUGGAUUCGCUAGAAACAGGAUCUGGGAAGUGGAUGCUAGCCCACCUCCUUUGCCAACGAAUUCUUCUUCUAAUGCUUUCGUUGACCUGAUCCUAAGGCCAAGUGAAGAUGAUCUGAAGACAUGGCCUCACAAUUUUGAGUUCCGAAUGAGGGUAGCCUUGGGAUCUGAAGGAGAAUUGACACUGACAUCUCGUAUCAGAAACACCAACUCUGAUGGAAAGCCGUUUACAUUCACCUUUGCUUAUCACACCUAUUUCUCUGUCUCGGACAUCAAUGAAGUACGUGUUGAAGGAUUAGAGACGCUGGAUUAUCUAGACAACUUAAAGAGCAGAGAACGUUUUACAGAACAAGGCGAUGCUAUAACUUUUGAAUCCGAAACUGACAAGAUUUACCUGAGCACUCCUACGAAGAUUGCCAUCUUGGACCACGAGAAAAAGAGGACUUUCGUUGUUCGCAAAGACGGGCUUGCUGAUGCUGUGGUGUGGAAUCCAUGGGAUAAGAGGUCAAAGGCGAUAUCAGACUUGGGAGAUGAAGACUAUAAGCAUAUGCUUUGUGUUGAAGCUGCAGCUAUCGAAAGGCCGAUCACGUUAAAACCAGGUGAAGAAUGGAAAGGAAGACUCGAGCUCUCUGCGGUUCCUUCUAGUUACUCCAGUGGACAGCUUGACCCCAAGAAAGUCCUCGAGUGAUACUCCUCCCUUUCUCUUACAGGGAGGCGUCAAGAUGUUUAUCGGAUUAUUAUACUAUAUAGAAAGAAACUGAGUUCGAAUAAAUAAAAAAAUCUCGCUUCUUAUAGUUCUCUGUAAACCACAGACAAUCACGAUUUGUGGAUCAAAGACAAGAAGAGACUUGCACUCGUUAAAAUUGUGGUUUCAUUAUAUUUUAUGGUACAUUUGACCACUAAUCAGUGCUUGUGUCUAGCCCUUGUCCAGUCAGAUCCAAAGGUAUUUCUAAC